AUGCGCAAAAAAAGCUACUCGCUUAGCAGGGGCCUCCCUUCUCAGACCUAUACCGGUGAGGCCGGCUUUGAACACGCUUCUUCGACUACGCCCCCGGAAAGCCAGCAUUACAGCCACUCCUGUCUAAAGUCUCGGACGGACCAUAAACGGCUUGAGGUGAAAAUCGCUGAACAAUUGCCGCCAGUCAAUACUCCAUCCUCUACAGCCGGUUCUUUGACUAGCAUGGGCGGUUCCAGCAAUCUUGACCAUGGUCCGUCCAGUUCCGGUCAACCGAUGCUUCCUCCGCCUCACGAACGAUAUUAUCCUUUCACGGAUCCACACCCGCCCGACCCCUACGCUAUAGCCAGAUCAAAACAGCGCGGGAAACGAGUCAUUCUCAACGUUGGUGGAGUCAAGCAUGAGGUACUAUGGCGGACGCUGGAACGAAUGCCUCACACUCGUCUAGGAAAACUCAGGGAAUGUACAACUCAUGAAGCUCUCAUGGAUCUCUGCGACGACUACAACAUCAACGAGAACGAGUACUUCUUCGACAGACAUCCUCGGUCUUUUGCUUCCAUCCUCAAUUUCUACAGAACUGGCCGGCUGCAUCUGGUUGAGGAGAUGUGUGUGUUGUCUUUUUCUGAGGAUCUGGAGUACUGGGGUGUUGACGAGUUAUACCUGGAGUCCUGUUGCCAGCACAGAUAUCACCAGCGAAAGGAACACGUCUUCGAGGAGAUACGAAAAGAAGCGGAAUCCAUCAGACAACGAGAUGAGGAUGAUUUCGGCACAGGAAUGUUCGCAAUAUGGCGGCAGAAAGUAUGGGAUCUUUUAGAAAAACCAACAACAUCUAUGGCAGCCCGG